AUGGACAAAGUGGAGCGAGUGAUGAAGAUGGUGAAGAGGAUGUCACCGAGGAAGAAGAGGAGAGAGGGAGGAGGAGGGAGAGGAGGAGGAGGACCGGGAGAGCUGGAGAGUCCGGACACCCUGUGUGAUGAACUCUGUCGUUUCAGCCUCUGCAUCAGCGAUGAUGGGCCGUAUGGAAAAACGAAGGACAUCUCUGGACCGGAACACACCAUGGCCUCAAGAAGACACAGUAUACCAGAAGCUCUGCGGGGGGUGACCAUGGUGGAGCUGGUCAAGAAAGAAGGCAGCACGCUCGGACUCACCAUCUCAGGAGGAACCGACAAGGACGGGAAGCCGCGGGUGUCGAACCUGCGACCCGGAGGACUGGCGGCCAGGAGCGACCAGCUAAACGUCGGGGACUACAUCAAGUCGGUGAACGGCAUCAAUCUGACCAAACUGCGGCACGAAGAGAUCAUUAGUUUACUGAAGAAUGUAGGAGAAAGAGUUCUGCUGGAGGUGGAGUAUGAACUGCCGCCUACAGCACCAGACAGCACCUCAGGGGUUAUAUCAAAGACAAUCGACAUCUGUUUGCACAAAGAGGGGAACAGCUUUGGUUUCGUCAUGAGAGGUGGUACCCAUGAGGACUGGCACAAGUCACGCCCCCUGGUGGUGACCUACGUCAGGCCAGGAGGCCCUGCAGACAGGGAGGGCACGCUGCGUCCCGGCGAUCGUCUGCUGAGCGUGGACGGCGUCCCGCUGCACAACGCCAACCACAGCGACGCCCUCAGCGUGUUGGCUCAGUGCGGACAGGAAGCGUUGUUCCAGAUCGAGUACGACGUCACCAUCAUGGACACAGUGGCGAACGCCUCUGGUCCGUUAUUAGUGGAAAUUGCUAAAUCGCCCGGAGCGACGCUGGGCAUCACGCUGACAUCCGCCAGCCAUCGAAACAAACAGGUCAUUGUCAUCGACCGGGUCAAACCUGGCAGCGUGGUGGACAGAUGUGGAGCGCUGCAUGCUGGGGAUCACCUGCUGUCCAUAGAUGGGACGUCGACAGAACACUGCACGGUCCUGGAGGCGACGCAGCUACUAGCGAGCACGACGGAACUGGUCAAGUUAGAAAUACUCCCCUCGCAUCAAACGAGGCUAACUGGGAAGCAGCACGACACAGUGAAGGUUCAGAAGUCGGACCAUCCCCACUCCUGGGACCCCUGUGUGAACUACUGUCACCCCCAGAACUCCACCCUCUGCAACGCAAGCUCCACCCUCAACAAGUCGUGGACCGCCUCCAACAACAACACGAUCAACAGCCUCGACUACUGCAAGUCUCUGGUGUCUGCCAGUUUCUCUCCGGGCUCUACGACCACGUCGGGCCCCAGCAGCCAGAGCUCCAGCACCCUGCCCAGGCCUACAGUCCCCAUGAGUCCUCGCAACUCGCUGCUCAAACGGCGGCAAAGGAAGAAAGAGCACAAGAGCUCAUUGUCCCUGGCGUCCAGUUCGGUGGGUCCGGGCGGUCAGGUGGUUCACGUGGAGACCAGUGAGGUUGUCCUAACAGGUGACCCACUCAACGGCUUUGGUGUCCAGCUGCAGGGAGGAAUAUUUGCCACCGAAACACUGUCUGCGCCGCCGCUUAUCCGAUUCAUAGAGCCUGACAGCUCGGCAGAGAGGUGUGGCCUGCUGCAGGUGGGAGACCGCCUCCUGUCAAUCAACGGGAUCCCCACAGAGGACGGGACACUUGAGGAAGCCAAUCAGCUCCUCCGAGACGCGGCGCUGACCAACAAAGUCACGCUAGAGAUUGAAUUCGAUGUAGCAGAGUCGGUGGUGCCGAGCAGCGGCACGUUCCACGUCAAGCUGCCGAAGAAGAGAGGCGUGGAGCUGGGGCUCACCAUCAGCGCCAGUAAGAAGUCGGGGGAGCCCCUUAUCAUCUCUGACAUCAAGAAGGGCAGCAUGGCUCACAGAACAGGAACGCUGGAGCCCGGUGAUAAGCUGCUGGCCAUCGACAACAUCAGACUGGAGAACUGUUCCAAAGAUGAUGCCGAGCAGAUCCUGCAGCAGUGUGAGGAGCUGGUCAAGCUAAAGAUCCGCAAAGAUGAAGACAACUCAGAUGAGCAGGAGACGUCAGGCAGCAUUAUCUACACAGUGGAACUGAAGCGGUACGGAGGCCCUCUGGGUAUCACCAUCUCAGGCACCGAGGAGCCUUUUGACCCCAUCACUAUAUCAGGCCUAACCAAGAGAGGCCUUGCUGAGAGGACAGGGGCUAUACAUGUAGGUGACCGGAUCUUGGCUAUCAACAGCGUCAGUCUAAAAGGCAAACCGCUGAGCGAAGCCAUCCACCUGCUGCAGAUGGCUGGAGAGACGGUCACCCUCAAGAUUAAAAAACAGCUUGACAACUUGGAGGAGAGGAAGGGAGCAGAGGUGGAGGACACGACAGAGAAUGAGGUCAGCGACCCCGAGGAGGACGAUUUGACAGACAGCCAACAGACCAAUAAGCUAUCGGAGCUUUACUCCACCACCAUACCCAGCGUUGACUCCGCCAUGGAGUCAUGGGACGGCUCAGGGCUGGACGCAGGCUAUGGCAGCCAGGGUACGUACAGCCAUCAAGCAGCUGGUAUCGCCCUUCACCCACACGAGUGGCGUAGUGCCAAGCAGCAGCGCAGCACCACACCUCCUCCUGGACGCCGGAAGAACUAUCCGUUCAGCGACGGAGGCUUCAGUGAGGACGACUGGGAUAAACCUCCAGGAUUUAUCGGCCAACAACCAGACGGCAUUCUGUUGGAUCCAGACGACAGCUUCUGGUGUCAGGCCCUGGAGGACCUCGAGACCUGCGGCCAGUCAGAACUACUCAGAGAGAUAGAGGCGUCCAUCAUGACAGGCACAGCCAUCAGCCUGGGUGUAGAUGGUGUCAACAAGCCUCCAGCUGAGCCCAUACUGAGCCACAGCAGGAUGAGCCCGCUGCGGAGAAACUCUCUCCUGCACCAGGGGAACCUGCUCCACCAGGGUGCUCACCUCCACCAGGGGGCCCAUCUGCACGAGGAAGCCCACCUGCAUGAAGGCGCCCAACUCCUCCAAGACCCCCACAUGCUCGAUGAGGCUCAUUUCAACCAGGAGGCCCACCUGCACCAGGGGGGCCACAUCCACCAAGACAACCAAUCCCCGCUCCUGCACCACGAGCCCAAGCCUAAAGCCUCGUUGAGAGUAUCGGAGAGAACGUGGGAGUCUCGUCGGAUCAAAGAGGAGAUGCAGGGAAUCCUGUCCCCAACGCCUCUGGAGCUGCACAAGGUAACAGUGAUAAAGGACCCAGAGAGCGAUGACUUUGGCUUCAGCGUGUCAGACGGCUUUUUGGAGAAAGGUGUUUACGUCAACAUGAUCAGACCAGAUGGGCCAGCUGACCGAGCCGGGCUCAAACCCUAUGACAGGAUCCUGCAGGUGAACCACGUGAGGACGAGGGACUUCGACUGCUGCCUGGCGGUGCCUCUCAUCACGGAGGCCGGAGACAGACUGGAGCUGGUCAUCAGCCGCAACCCGCUGGCCAACGAUGAUCCAGAGGACAAUAACAACACUUUAGACCACCCACUAGACCUGUAACAAACACACACACAACAACAACAACAACACAGCUGAAUCUCUUGACAUACACACACACACAUGCAUCUAUUCUGUCACGCUCAGGCAGGAUACAUACAAUAACGGAUUACGAAGAAUAAACCUGUCGACUGGAACUGGCCCACAUACACACAACGCAGUUCACUGACUUGCAAUAAUUCUACUUAGACACAAAGACUCCUACUGGAACGGACAUCCAAGCGUUGCAUGCUCACCCCGUCCCCGUUCACACUGGGCUGAACUGCUGUCAUACAGUAUAUUCUCUAUGGAAAUACCACCACCACAGUACAGAACAAACACCAGAGGCUGUCCUGACUCCCGCCUCGCUGUCCUCACAGUGUCGUCCCAGCAUCAAGAAGCACUUACUUGGCACUUUAAAGAGCCACUUUUACUGAUUUGGACGAAGUAUUUUUCUGUAAAACAAAAGGAAAACACCUGCAAUAGGGGUCAGGGUCAUAGGUUCUGCCUUAUUACACAAUAUUGUCAGUGAUUUUAGCUACUUGCAUGAUUAGGAGAAGAGAGAAAGACGGCCUUGCCCCGUUUGCAGAUGUCGUUUGUUUUAUGGAAGGCUCAGCAGAAGAUCGAAUUAACCGCUUAUACAGGACUGUACAGAUGUAGCCACCUGUAGAAGUCCAACAAUGCUGCUAAAAAUCUGCUCAAACGCUGCUGCUUCCUCACCAUUACUUACAGUAAUUUUCUGGAAAUGGUCAAAUUCGGCCCCCUUUUUUUUUCCAUCUGUUGCGUGAAGGCAGACUUCUAUAUUGGACUGAACACUAUUAUGUCACCGCGACGAUAGAAAUCUAAAUUUGUGCCGUCGUUACAAGAUUAAGACGAUGACGUCCUCACAACCGCUGUUCGUUUCGUACAAUCAUCAGACAGGAGAGGAAAUGAGGGGAGGGCCUGAUUUGGACUCGUGUUUGUACGACGGAAGCUUAAAGCAACUUUUGCUGCAGCACAGAUGGGCAGCGGUGCGUGUGAAGGAGAAAGAAAACACUGUCGCCAACAGAAGAACAUUAACUUCUAACACAGAUUUUUGACCUUUUGCGUAUUUUUCUUUUUUGCAGAGUACUGAGACUUUGCCCAGUGUGUCACUCUGGCUGUUUGAGAGCAUUGGGUUCAUCUUAUCUUAUCUCACUGCUGGCUUACAAAGUCAAACAGCAGUAGCUACUAUGUAUGCGUUUUAAAUAGAGGUCAUGGUUUGAGGUUCAGCACGAUCACAAAUAACACCCAAGCAUGCCGUUAGAGGUGCUGUGGGUCGCACUAACAAGACUUUAGUUUCGUUGCCAUACAAGAUCAAGGAGCCCGUGUGUUUGCCAGCAGCAGCCUCAACACUGUAUUUUACACUGUGAGCCUCUUGGUGAUGAUAAACGGGAAUGAAGCAGCAUUUUUCCCCAACAACAAACAGAGCUAAAGCUUCGGAGUCUCUAAUUAAAGCAGAUGGUUGAAAGAACCAUGGAUGGGCACAUGUUUAUCCAACAUGGCUAAACUUUACAGUAAAUGUGUGAAAUUGGUGCCACUUUCCCACAAGCAGCCAUCGACGUUAGCUCUGGGCAGGCAGCGGCAACGCUUAAGACCGAUGCUGACUCAUCAAAAGCAGAGCAACAGCGAAGACAUUAUUGAAGAGAAUUAGAUUUUUGAGGGUUCCCAUCUAGAUUUGAGGCUACACCACUUCCUAGUCUUCCUCAUGUGCCAUCUCUGAGAUGAAACAGGAAAAGAUGAGCAAACCAAGUGACAUCCUCUUUGUUGCUGGAAGAUCUCAUCCAUCACUUACGACGACACAUUUAACAGCUGUUUCAAAACGACACGCGUCUAUAGAUCACUGCUGCUGUUGGGUUUGAAGGGAAACUUUUGCAGCACAUAGGCGAUGAACAAAGUUUACGGCCUCAUCUGCAGACACAUUGAGUUCACCAGACUAUGGACAAGUCUCUCUCUCACACACACACUCUAACUGAACAGCACAGGUUGAGGACAUGAAACCGUUCAGAUUGUCGUUACGUCUUCAAGUUUGUUUGGUUGCGUUUUAUUCCUUUGUGACUGAAGAGGCGCCCACCAGAACCUGCUGAACCUUCAGCUUCAAGAUGCUUUUUUUUAUUGCUGAAAAACUAGAUUCUGUCCCUUGUUUUUUGUACAGUCGCUUUAGGUAAACAUCACAGAGACUAAUAAGUCUGUCAGCAGUUACAAAAAAAGUUGGAAGGUGCUUCUCUCUUUUUUCUUUUUUUGUGAUGUUCUCAGUGUUGCUGAACAUGGAGACAGUAGAUAUGAGGUUUAUGUUACAGCCACCACUUAAUUACUGCAGCUCUUCCUGAGAAAUCAUGUUUUAUGGCCCUAAAUAAUAGCGGUGGACAGAUACUGGUCGCCUAAUGACCAGUAUGGAUUCCCACGAGAGCUCUUCAAGAGUAGGAGUGGAGGUUGGAGCCUUAUAAACGAGUUUAUCCAGUUGAAGGCCUGAUAAAUUACAAUUACCAAGUCAUGUUUCUCACUAACAUACCAGAAUCUAAUUAUGCAGACGGUAAACACUGCAUACGCUACUUAUUGUCUGGUUACAUCACAUCCAGGUUGGGCACAUUGUCUCACAGCACCCACUGAGGUUGGCAAAACUGACCAAUUGGCAGCCAAUGCCGCUCAGUUUAAAACAGCUUUCUAUCAGUCUGAUCAAUGGCUUAGUCGAUCUAUCGCUGCUACAUUCCUUCCUGUCCUUGAGCCUCAGCAGUCGUCGCAACAGUGAAGAAGCCAAAACUUUAAAUCAGAGCUGCAGCAAAUUCAAAAGUUACAGAUUAUAUCCAAAAAAAUGACAGAUUUCAAAACGAAUGCAUUGAUUUUCCAACGCUGCAACCUCCCGCCCGCCGUUAGACGCGUAGAUUUCAAACAUUCUGAUUGGAUGUUUUUACCUAUUUUAGACAAAGAACCAAUUAUCCUGUAACGCCGUUAACCUCCUGGGACAUUUUCGUGGCCGUUAAUGUCAACGUAAAGCACCUCGAAUAGCUCCGAUCGACUUUCCAACUCCGGCAUGUGGUGUUGUAGUAACACAGACUCGAAGAAACCUGUCAUUUAGUGACUUUUCCUCAACGCUCCCACAACUCCUCACCACCUGUUUUAGUUUGGUAGCAGCAGACAUUCCUUCCACUUCUUUCACCUCCUGUUUUUCACGAUUUUCUCCCAAUUCCUGCCAAAAACUGUCUUUGCUCCAAUUAUCCGAGGAUUAGCUGAAAUGAGACUGGCUGUCGCUACCCUCCUACUGCACUUGGCUAAGUGUGUGUGAGUGUGAGUGUGUGUGCGACAGAGGAAAAACUGGUCAGAUGGUAACGUUUUUUAUUUCCCCGUUAGCGUGUAUGUACAGUACUCUGCAAAAGUAAGCGCUCAAAAUUACCUCCAUACAAGUUGCAACUGGAAGAAAACCUAAAUUGAAUCAAUGCAUGAUGUUGCCACCAAGUUUGGUGCAUUUGGGCGCAAUUGGAUUUAGUUCAUCCUGGAAAACUUUUCACAGUUCGUCUGUGGAUGUAGUCUUAACUCCAUUUGCAGGAGCAGCUAACCUACGAGGGCUGCUUCGGUGAUGCCUGCAGACUCCUUCUCUCCAGUCCUUUUGCAGGCUAGCUACAUUUUUAUUUAAAAUUUAAAAUUGUGAGUCACCAAUCCGGAGCACCUUCUGCUAUUAUUAUUAUUAUUUUUGUUGCGACCAGCUUCUUGUGUUAUCAGGCAUCCGCGCUCGCUUCUCGCUUCAAGACCACAUCUGACCAUUCUUGUCCAGACUGCAGAGGAGUACGCCGCUGGUUUGUGCCAGGCCCGAGCAGAUGGCGCUGCUGGACGUCUUCCAGUUUCUACGGCAACUUAGCUUUAUGCCUCUUUGGUCUGCUGCUCUCGAUUUCCUCGGCAGAUGACUGCGUUUCUGGCCGUCAGCUUCGGUUUAUUUCUUUGUGCUUCGGCACCCGAGGCCGCUGCGAGAUUUCUGCAAAAGAGUUUUCGGCGGCGCAGGACGACCACAUUGUGCCUCACCUUUUCAGCUUCUGUUGAUACUUUUACAUCCUCGCCGGAGUAUAAAGUAGAGAUCUAGGCUCGCACAGCGGUGUACGUACACGCAGCAGACGGUGGGAGUGUGUGGGAGAGACAAUACAUGCAACAUACAUAAUACAUGUGAGAAAUACUUGUGCAGAGAGAGAGAAGGGACAGAAUAGCCUUUGUCCUCUGAAGGAUUGGAAAACUUUAAGAACAAUCGCAACCUCUGUUCUCUCUCUCGCUCUCCUUCGCUGUCACUCUUUCCUCACAUUGUUACGUAACACAGCUAGAAUCCAGCUGCCCCCGUCCACAACACCCUCGUGUGCGCGAAUGAGAAAGCCUGGAAGUUUCCCGUCGAGGUUUCUGCGCGUUACCAUAUACAUGCAUGUUUUAUAUGUAUGUAUCUCUGGGUGUCAGGUUUUUAUUCCCUACGGAGCAUAUACUGUAUGAGCAUGUGUGUGUGUGUGUGUGUGUGAGAGAAACACAAGUAGCUGGUGUACAUUUCAUUGUACAGUGAUGUUUUUCUAGGGCUGUGGGCCUUCUGAAACCCGGACGAGACUUAAAAAAAAAACAAAAAAGAAAACACUCCACGCACAUACAGAAGAAAAAGAAAAAUAGAAAAAAAAAGGACUUUUAAGCACUUACUACAAAAUAAGAAGCACACUGUUGAAUACCAUGCACUGUAAGUAUUUUCAUGUACACCCGAACAAACUUGUCCGAGUGCUUUUUAUUACGCAAUAUCAAGUGGCCAAAACAAAACAAAACAAAAAAAUAAUAAGAAAAAAAAAAACAAGUUUUGUAAAGCGUCAAAAAAUGAAAAUGCUGAGAAAAGCCUUCCGAAUUGUUCCGUUGAUUUUUAUGUAUGUAUGUAUGUAUGUAUGUAUGUAUGUAUGUAGGUGUGUGUGUGUGUGUGUGUGUGUGUGUGUGUGUGUGUGUGUGUGUGGUCGCCCAUACUCCCUAUGCAUUUCUGGAUCAAAGGUCAGUUUAAAGCCCAAUCCAGAAUCGUACGUCCCAAUGCUAGCUAAGGAAAUAUUACAAAAAAUAAAAAGAAUCAUCCCAGCUAUGUGAUGUAAUCAUUUACACUUGAUGGAGUAAAUGUAAAAAAUGACAAAACAUUCAAUUUGACAAAGUAGGAUUCCUGUUAUUGUCAUUUAUGUUGAAGUUACAAUACAAAUGAUUCACUGAAGACUUUACGACAGUUUUCUUUUAUUAUUUUACGCUGGCUGGUUGUCAUUACCCCCCCGAACCCAUUAAACGAUGUCAUCACAUCGGACAAGUUAUUACAUAAUCCUACAUUCAUUACAUCAUCAGCCGCGGUAAGACGCUUUCACAUGGCUGCCUUUCCCGCCUGCGCCCGUUCAACACACACAAAUGUAUUGUGCAUUUACGGUUCAUCUUGACAUGAAGCUUUAAACGAGGAUCCCCCCUUCGCUUCUGACCGAGAGGCUGCUGGUUGAAAUCCCUCGGCGAGCGCUAGGCUGCGUUAAUCCGUCCGCUUAAUGGCAGCUGCGUGUUUCCAUCAUGACUUCCUGUUGAGGAUGGAGCACGUGUGGCCGUUUCAGCUGCGUGGGUUGUUAUUGUGCAACGUAAGCCAGCUAUUUACUCGUUGUUCUAAUUUGGAGAGGGGAAGUUACGAUUACUUCUUACUGUUUUUGUUAGGUCACACCCGUCUGUUAGCAGUUUUUGAGGUCAGAGGAGGAUUUCAGGGUUUUUUUUAGCCUACAGUGGCUAUGUAGGAAAGUCUCAGCUGCGAAUUAUUAGCAAAAGCUAUGUCUGUAAGCGCUGAACACAGUAGUACAAGUCAAAAAUGACUUAUAUUUGCCUGAUAAUGCUAAAUGUGUGCCAAAAAAAUAUCUGGUCAUACUGCCCAGAAAACUACAGCUACCAUUUAAAUAUGGUUAGCUAAAUAUUAGCCUAUUGGCUUGAUAAGAGUUAACGGUGGCUUGUCAGCAAACCAUUAGCUUAACUUAGGUACAGCUAGCAAACUAUACCAGGCUAGCAGUUAGCUACCUGCUUGGAAAAUUAACGGUACAUUUCCUAAUUAUAGAAUAUGCUCAGAUAAAUAGUCUUCACCCUGAAAACUACAGUUAUGUAGCUACACGUGACAUUUGGUUAGCUAGCAAUUAGCAUUACGCUAAAACUGCAGUAAACUAGCCAGACUGUUGAGCUAACAAACUAGCUUUCUGCACUAAAAACUACUUAAUCGGCCAUAAUACCUAAUCAGCUAACAAUAUUCCUGUUGCAAGAAAAGCUACGGUUACUUAGUCAUUGAUUCAGGGUUAGCUAGCCAGCUGUUUUCUGCCAAGGUAACCACAGGUAACAUGCUAAUUAUGACAUCUAGUAAGCAAACCAUCAGCUUGUGGUUUCAUCUAAACAUUAGAUUACUGCCUAGGAACUACAUUUAACAAUUAGACAUAUUAUCUGGUUUGCUAGACAUCAGCAGAUGAUCCAUAUAAUUUCAGUUUGUGAGCAGCUAACGUAACCACUUGCUAACGAGCUUCUUGCCGUUACUGUAAACACGAACAAACUUCAUUACUGGACUUCCAGCCAGCUGUAACUGUGACUGUACAUACGGAAAGUAAUGUUUCCCAGCAUAUUUAAAAAGAAAAAACAUGGUUCAAAUUUCUGAUAAUUACAUGACAACCUUUUGCAUAAAGCCUGUUACAUGUGUUUGCGUUUUUUAAAACAUGUUUACGUGUCAAACCUUAUUGCGAUUCGGGAUUGGGCUGUUGAUAAUGUACACGUUGAUAUUGUGUAUUUUUUUCAAACUGUGUAAAGUUCUAUUCUAUGUAAUAUAGUAUUUUUCUAUGACAGUAUUACUCUUCCGAAACGUGGGAAGAAAACACAAAACAAAAAUUAUAAAAUGGAAAAUAAAAUGUAUAACUUUGUUGUUGUUGUCAUUUUUGAUUUUUUUCUUUUCUUUUUUGGGUUUUUCCUUUUUUUUUUCUUCUUCCAUUUUCUAUGAAACAAAGUGUACCGCUAUACUUCUCUUUUCGAGAAGGGAAAAGAAUAAAAGCAAGAAAAAUAAAAUGUCUAAUUUUA